GAGCUGAAGUUGUGUUUUCUGUGGACUGUGCCAAGCUGCGUGACUAUUUUUUACCAGAAGAAAGAGAAUUUGACUGUAUUUAUUUCAACUUCCCUCACUGUGGGAGAAAGGCUGGGGUUGUGAAGAAUAGAGAGCUUCUUGCCCGCUUUUUCCAUAGCUCUGCAGAAGUACUGACAGAGGAAGGUGAGAUCCAUGUGGCUCUUUGCAAUGGACAGGGUGGGACACCUGCUGAUCAACCAAGGAGAGAAUGGCACAACAGCUGGCAAAUAGUGGCUGUGGCAGCAGGAGCUGGAUUUAUCUUGAGUCACGUUCAUCCUUUUAAAGCAGAGACUAUCCAUGGAUAUAAGUGUACAGGCUACAGGAGUCAAGAUAAAUCUUUCUGUGUAGAGGGUGCCUUAAACCACAUUUUCACAAGAAGCACGCCACUUACAUUCUUCAAACCUAUGAGCUACAAGAUAGAACUGGAAAGCCAAAAGGUUUCUUUUCAAGUACCACCAGUACUUGUGGAUAAAAUUAAUAGGGGUUUCCUAGAACUAAAUUCAAAUCAUCCAGUACGGACAGUGAAGGAGAAGCUCACUGCAGAGCUCAGCCAAGCCUUUCCAUUACAAAACAUUGACUCCUCUCUUUCUCUGCUUCAUCAAGUUCACCUCAAUGAUGUUUGCCCCUCAAAUAUCUUUUGGAUCAUUCUGAGCCCAGAGGAGAUUCCAGGCACUGAAGAAAAGUCUAAAGGACUGACAAAUGCAGUUUCAUUUUCCCACGUUGAUUUUUGCAGGGACUCAGAUAAGAAUGGCUGGGUGAGUGUACAAGAGGGAUGCCACAUUUCCAAACAGUACUAUCUUAGACCUUCCCUUCUAACUUAUGCUCAGGCAAUAGUACAAAGAGGAUCCUUUCUCCCAGGGACACUUUAUGUUCUAUCUGGUCCAGUUUUCAGGAAGUGUCUUAUCACUCCUUACUCCAUGCCUGUUUUUCAUGAGAUGUUUUUGAUAGGUGCAAUUAAAAGGGGUACAGAGAACAGCUAUAUCCAGAUAUUGGUGAAUAACAUUAAAACCAGCAUACAGUCUCUUUGCCAGACUGUUUCUGGCUUUAAACCAAAUAUCACUCUUCAGGAAGCAAUGAGCUUUGAAACAACUGAGCUAAAUGACUUUGCUGCUUUUGAAUCUCAGCUUAGUAAAGUUUGGUACUUCAUGGAUAUAGAUACUUCAGGCUUCUGUGAGAAGGGCCCCUGUGUGGGCAUUAUAAGGACAGCUCAUUAUGAACUAGUAAGCAGUGAGUUGGUGGUUGUCUUUGCUUCUCUGAAUCUUGAUCUCCUAGCCAUGCUGAUCUGUGGAAUAUCUGACUGGCAAAUGCUCUGGACGUCAGACACACGGUUUCUUCGUCAGUUUCCUAGAGGAGAGUUAAGGCUUUUCAAGAGUUUCUCUCUUUAUCCACCUUCCUACGUGCAUGAUGUCAGCUUUUGGCUUCCUGAUGGUGAACAAUUUGAUGAAGUUGCUUUUCACACCAUUGCUAGGUGGGUGUCAGCUGAAACAGUCGUAUCCAUCCAGUUAAUCGACAGUUUCCAGCAGUCAGAGACCGGACGGAAGAGCCUCUGCUACAGGCUGACCUUUCAGUCCUGUGACAAGGCACUGAGCUGGCAGGAGGUGGCAGAAAUGCAGCUGCGCUUUCGGAAGGAAAUAAACCACCACUUGCGGGUAACUCUGCGGUAG